AAAGCAGACAACUAGACGUCACUAGGGGGUGAAUAGUACUAGUACACAACCGAAAUUGAUAGAAGUGUUUCACUUACAUUUUAUUUAUCAAAGUGAUUGAUUAUUCUCAGUGUUAAUCAAUCCAGGGUAUAGAAAAGAUUAUUUGGAAUGUUAUAGUAAUUUACAGGUAUUCCUCAUAAACUUCUUACUUGAAGAAUGUGGUUAAAGUUUUGGGUAAUCGCCUUGUCGAUUGGUUCACUUGUGAUUGCCGAAGAACGAAAUUAAAAAAGCCGUUGAUGAAACCGGUUCCGAUAUUGAAGCAGCUGAAGAAGAAAUCCAAGAUGAAUCUGAAACCACAAUUGAUAAAGUGGAGAACUUUCAGUGCUGAUAUAAAUUUUAAUUCAUGGAGUGAACUCUAUGACUAUUUGAAGGAAAUUGAAGAAGCCACAAGUGAGACUACAGAAGAUGCAGUUGAGCCUGCAGUACAGCUUCAGUUGAUGACAGAUGGAGAUGCUCUUACCCUGGACGGGGAGAAUAAUGAAGAGGGAGAACCUGUGAUUGUUCAUGGAACAAUCAGUGAUGUGAUACAUGAAGUCCCUGCACCUGAUCUAAGCCAAAGCAAAGUAAUAAUUGGGGAUGAAGAAGAUACUCAAAAAUCUGCUAAAUCUAAAAUCAUUACUACAAAAGCUGAUUGGACUUUUAUCCAACAUACUUUAAAAACGUUGGACGAAAAGGAAAUGGCAAUUAAAUCCAAGUUAGAAGAUGAAGUUUCCGAUGAAGAACUCACAGAAGAUGAGAAAAAAGGAAAAGAAAUAUUUGAGAAGGGUAAACAGAUAACAACUUUGACCCGAGCCAAUCGUAAACUAGCACACAACAUGUUUGUGGAGGCUGCUGAACUUGGGUACAUUCCAGCAAAAGAACGUGUUGCCUGGUCUCAGUUGCUGGGAUCUAACUCUCUUGAAGAGCUCCCAAUUGCAAGAAAAACUUUUGAAGAGUUGGCAGAACUGGGAAAGCCAGAUUCUCAAAUGGCCAUGGGAUUUUUAUAUGCUACUGGCUUAGGUGGCCUGGAACCCAAUGGAGCUAAAGCACUUCUUUACUACACGUUUGGUGCUAUCGGUGGAUCAUCUUGGGCUCAAAUGGCUUUGGCGUACCGUUAUUGGUCUGGAAUCGGCGUGACGCCUAGUUGUGAGAAGGCGCUGGAUUUUUACCGUCGAGUUGCCAAUGGAGUGGCUGAUGAAUUAACUCUCUCGGGUGGCACAGCAGUGCAUCGUCUACGUCUGCAUGAUGAAGCAGAGAAUCCAGGCCAAUCAUCCGGCGUCCUUGAUUCCGAUCUCAUCAGUUAUUACCAGCUUCAGGCAGAAAAAGGAGACGUAAAAGCUCAGCUAGGACUCGGGCAACUACAUUACCAAGGGGGUAGAGGUGUUGAGCAGGAUCACCAACGCGCUUUGAAUUACUUUUUGCGAGCUGCCGAUGCAGGUGAUGCCCACGCGAUGGCUUUCCUCGGGAAGAUGUAUCUGGAGGGAAGCGAAGCUGUACCUCAAGAUAACGCCACAGCUUUUCAAUAUUUCAAAGCAGCGGCUGAUCGUAACAACCCCGUUGGUCAGGCUGGACUAGGUUUGAUGUACCUUCAUGGUCGACAUGUUGAAAAGGACGUUAACAAAGCCUUCCAGUAUUUCAAUUCAGCCGCUGAUAGAGGCUGGGUGGAUGGACAUCUCCAACUCGGAAACAUGUACCUCGCUGGAUUGGGUGUCCGCCGUGACUACAAGCUGGCCAUCAAAUACUUCAACCUGGCAUCCCAAGCCGGCAACACUUUGGCAAUAUACCAGCUAGCGAAGAUGCAUGCCGCCGGAACUGGAAUGAUCCGCUCAUGUCAUACUGCAGUAGAGCUUUUUAAGAACGUCGUAGAACGAGGAAAAUGGGCAGAUAAAUUAAUGGAAGCUUAUGCAGAUUAUCGGGAUGGGCAUGUCAAUGAAGCGUUGAUAAAAUAUAUGCUUCUUUCCGAUCUCGGUUACGAAGUGUCUCAGAGCAAUACCGCUUUUAUCCUCGAUCGCAAGGAGACUGAUCUCUUCAACGUGAACGAAACGAUGGUCCGGGCGUUGCAAUACCUUGGGCGGGCAGCGGCUCAAGGCUACGCUCCUGCCCGCGUUCGUCUGGGCGACUAUUAUUACUAUGGCUGGGGCACCGACGUGGAUUUCGCUUCCGCUGCUGUCCAUUACCGUAUCGCUUCUGACCAACUGCAUAGUGCUCAAGCUAUGUUUAAUCUGGGCUACAUGCAUGAACAAGGAUUAGGAAUGAAACAGGAUAUCCAUUUAGCCAAGAGGUUUUACGAUAUGGCUGCUGAAGCAAGCACAGAUGCUAAAGUACCUGUAGCUCUUGCUCUUGCCAAGUUGUCAGUUCUCUUCGGCCUUCGAUACAUGACAGAAAAUGAUUGGCAGGAGUUAACGCUUUCGCUCGAUCCUGCCACUUAUUUAGGACCUGACUGGGACUUGUACCUCAUUACAACAUUGCUGGGACUACUUGUAUUGGUGGUUUACCUGAGGAGACCUCAGCCUUGAAAAUGGAAGAAAAUGUGUAACAUUUUUCUUUUUGAUUUUGCAAACAACUAAAAACUAUUCGGGGUCAUUGUAAUAUAUCGAAAUAUUUGUGAAUCCGCAAGACACGAAAAGUUGCGGUUGCGGGUCCAGUUCAAUAAAAUCCAACAGUAAACUCAG